UUGGAGCGAGCGGCGGCGGCGGUACAGCUGCGGCGGCAGCAUGGCUUCGUCGCAGGGGAAGAACGAGCUGCUCUUCGCCGACUGGAUGGCAGCGCUGCCGGGCAGCCUCCACAGCACUCCGCUCACCAACCUGGCCAUCCCCGGGUCUCAUGACUCUUUUAGCUUCUACAUUGAUGAAGCCUCUCCAGUUGGGCCUGAACAGCCAGAGACGGUCCAGAAUUUUGUGUCAGUUUUUGGGACUGUGGCUAAAAAGCUGAUGAGGAAGUGGCUGGCUACACAGACCAUGAACUUCACCAGCCAGCUGGGGGCAGGUAUACGGUAUUUUGAUCUCAGAAUUUCCACCAAGCCCAGAGACCCAGACAAUGAACUCUACUUCGCCCACGGUUUAUUCAGUGCCAAAGUCAAGGAAGGUCUGGAGGAGAUCAACGCGUUUCUCACUGAGCACCCAAAGGAAGUGGUCUUCUUGGACUUCAAUCAUUUCUACGGGAUGCAGAAAUGCCAUCAUGAAAAGCUUGUCCAGAUGCUCAAGGACACAUACGGCAACAAAAUGUGUCCUGCUAUAUUUGCCCAUGAAGUCAGCCUCCAGUACCUGUGGGAAAAGGAGCACCAAGUGCUAGUGUUCUACCACAGUCCUGUGGCCGUCGAGGUGGCCUUCCUGUGGCCAGGCCAGAUGAUGCCAGCUCCAUGGGCAAACACAACAGAUACAGAAAAGCUGAUUCAGUUCCUGCAGGCAUCAAUCACUGAAAGAAGAAAGAAAGGCUCCUUUUUCAUAUCUCAAGUAGUGCUGACACCAAAGGCUAGUACGGUGGUGAAAGGCGUUGCAAGUGGUCUCAGAGAAACGAUCACAGAGAGGGCUCUUCCUGCAAUGAUGGAGUGGGUCCGAACUCAGAAGGCAGGAGAGAGUGGUGUGAAUAUUAUCACUGCAGAUUUUGUAGAACUUGGUGACUUUAUCAGCACAGUCAUAAAGCUCAACUAUUCUCUGGCUGAAGGUGAAGAUGACACUACUUGAUAGUACUGUGAUAUGUGUGUUGUUGUGUUAUUCAGAAUUUGAAAAAAAAGAAAGAUUGUAUUCUAAAAGGAUUCUAUUGUAAAACACUCAUCUUCUUGUAACACACUGAGGUGUUUAGGGCUUUAGUGGGUGGGCAUAAGGGAAAUGUUUUCAUCAUUUAGGAUCAUUUUUCAUAUUUGUGUUUAGUGUGAAGAGCAAAACUAAACAUGUUUACAGUGUCUGAUAAAAGAAGGCCAUUUACUGGUUCUCCAUGAGGUACCAAAUGUGAUUCAUGUGUCUUCUGUGGUUAUGAACAGUGCCAAGAAAUUUGUUGUUUUCAGAGCAAGGGGAUGUAUAUAUUGUCCUCUUCCUGCUCACAGCAGGAUUCCCAAUGGUGUGAGCAUUGCACCAGGAGACUGAGGACAGUAUAUCUGGCACAAAAAUUUUAAGCUGCUACAUUUCAUCUGUUAGGUGGUUUAACUGAUCAUAUUUAUCAAUGAGCUGCUGGUUUAAAUGCCUUUGUGAUGUAAAUCCAAAGUCAUGCUUCUAACACAUGCAUAAUCAGUGACAGUAAACAUGACGUGCUAUGUACCAUAAUCAGUGGACAGUAGACAUCAUGUACUGUGUAGCUUGCACAAAGCACAGAUGGAAUCCUGCUUGUUUUUCAUUCUCAAAAGGGGGUUUUCCAAUGUCUCUGCCUCAGGUCAAGCCAGCAGGGAUGUGAUACUGGCCUAACUGUAGUCACAGAAAGGCCUGGGUUGGAACCUUAAAGAUUAUUUCAUUCUAACACUCUGGCCAUUGGCAGAACACUUUUCACUAGACCAGGUUGCUCCGAGCUCCAUCCAAAGCCUUGCUUUACACAUUUUCAGGCAUGGGCAUCCACAGCUUCUCUUGGCAACAUGUUCUAGUGCCUCAUCACCCUCACAGCAAAGAAUUUUUUCCUAAUAUCUAAUCUAAACCCACUCUCAGUAGCCGCUCCCCCUUGUCUGUUGCUACACGCCCUUGUAAAAAGUCUCUCUUUACCUUUCUUGUAGACUCCCAUCAGGUACUGGAUGGCCAAAAUUAGGUCACCCCAAAGCCUUCUCUUCUCCAGAUGGAACAAUCCCAAUUCUCUUAGCCUUUCCUCAUAGGAGAGUUGUUCCAUCUCUCUAAUCAACUUCAUGACCUCCUCUGUGCUGGCUCCAGCAGGUGCCUGUCCCUGCUGUGCUGGGAGCCCAGGGCUGGAUGCAGUGCUCCAGGUGGGUCUCAGCAGAGCAGAGCAGAGGGGCAGAAUCCCCUCCCUGCCCUGCUGCCCACGGGGCUCUGGGUGCAGCCCAGGACACGUUUGGCUCUCUGGGCUGGGAGUGCCAUGGCUGGGCCAUGUGCAGCCUCUCACCCACAGCACCCCCAAGCCCUUCUGGGCACGGCUGCUCUGGGGCUGCUCAUGCCCAGCCUGGGCUGGCACCAGGGGCUGCCCGUGCACUCAGUUUUGUUAAACCAUGUGAAAUUCCCAUGGACACACUUCUUGAGCUUGUCCACAUUCAUCUGGAUGGUAUCCCAUCCUGAAGGUGUGUCAAUAGCACCACUCAGCUUAGUGUUACCUGUAAAUAUGCUGAGGGUGCACUUGAUUCUUCAUCUGCAUCAUUAAUGAAGAUACUAAAUAACACUGGUCACAAUAUGAGCCUCUAAGGGACAGCUGCUGGUCCAUAUUUUCCCUGGUUCCAUCAGGAACACAGGUAGGCCAGCUUUGAGUGCCACUUCUCCCCAGGAUUAAUCUUAUGUAAGAGCCUGAUCCCGUGCCCUGAAUAUGGAAAUGACUUUGUUUAGCAUGGAUUAGCAAAAGGUGAGUUGUGCAUACUCUCACAUGUGCAGUAUUUUGUCCUGUGGUGGAAACCUGAUUUCUGCAAGACUGAAACUGCACUUAAAAGUAGAUGCAGUCUAAGCUUCUCUUUAAGGCAGCUAUGAGCAGAACACUUUUCCACUGAUUACAAAAAAUCAGUGCCAGUUUCAUCAGUGAAAAGUUCCUGUACUGAAGAAUGCAGUAGUUCAAUUCUAGCUAAUAACAGUACUCUAUAGUCCUUAAAUUGUCUGUGGGAUACAAUACUGCAUAACACAAGGUUGAAAAUCUACUGAAUGGCACUGUUCCAGCAACAAAAUCGCUGAUCAUCCUAGCUUUAAAAAAACAUAUAUAAAAAGUAAAUGGAAAAUUCAGUAAUUUAUAAAAUGAGAGCAACUGUAUGACAUUGCAACUGUAUGACACCUAACUGGAUAAAAUACAGGCAGUCUCGUCUCCUGGACACAUCAAUAGACACUCACAUGACUUUGGAAAAUAAAACAUCUCAUCUGUACAAAACAAUAGAUGCUAUAACAUCUCACAAGGAAAUGUUUGAAAUAUUGCAAGGAUUUAUGGGAUAGAAUUAAGGUCAAAUUUCACUUGAUAUUACUGGAACUUUUGGUUGAGUGAGAAGAGAGAAUUGCAUCAUACAGUCCAUUGCUCUUUUAUGUCAAAUGACAAUGACUACUGUCUCCCAUCAGAGUUUAGGAAUUCAGAAAUGGCCAUAUUGAACAGAUAGGCAACAAGCAUUAUAGGGGGUUUCUUGGCUUUAGUUUAGGGAGUGAAAUAAAAAGAACACUUCCUGCUGUUUUGUACUUGGAAAAAG